CGGCCCAGUUCCAGUGGCCUGUCUCCUGGGGUGGCUGUAAAGCUGGACUCGCAUGUGGGGCACUGCAGAUGUGGCAGGCAAAGGUGUGGGAGCUUUGGGGCAGGUGCUGAAGGCAGGAGAAGGGCCUGAGAAUGUCGUCCCAGGUAGCUGGGAACCAGACCUCCUCCGGGACUGAGGAUGACUACUCCUAUGGCAGCUGGUACAUCGAUGAGCCCCAGGGCGGAACCGAGCUCCAGCCCGAGGGGGCAGUGCCCUCCUGCUACCCCAGUGUGCCACCUGGCCUAUUCCAUGCCUGCCUGGCCUCGCUGUCGAUCCUUGUGUUGCUGCUGCUGGCUGCACUAGUGAGGCGCCGCCACCUCUGGCCUGACUGUGGGCAUGGCAGGCCUGGACUGCCCAG